GCAUGAAGGUGAUUGAUUGAUCCUUGGGCUGGGGAUCGUUAAAUUCGUUAAAUUCAGAAUGCUGAGAUUGUUGCGAAUCAUGACAUCCCCUCCACGAGGCACCGUCGUCGUAGAAAACAUCUGGCACCGUAGAAAUACAAAUAACCAAUCGCCGCCUACGCCUAUCGACCUCGUAACGCCACAACACCGCGUGCAAAGGCAUAUUAAUCAGACGUCAAAGAUGGUUGAUCCGAACCGCGUGGUCAGCUACGAAGACAUGUUAAAGGUGAUCAACGAGCCGCAGAAAGUGAUAAUUGACGUGCGGAACCCGGACGAGAUCAACAGAACCGGCAAGAUUCCUUCGAGCAUCAACAUUCCAUUGGGCAAUGUAGAUCAAGUGCUUCAGUCGAUGUCAGAUGAAGAGUUCAGGAAGAACUUUCAACGUCAUAAGCCGUCAUCAGAAGACGAGCUCAUCUUUUACUGCCAGUCGGGCCGACGGUCUAGCGAGGCACUAGACUUGGCCCUGAAACUAGGGUUUAGGAAGUCAAAAACGUACCUCGGCAGUUGGAACGAAUGGUCUACCAAAAAUAAGUAAUGUUUAAUCCGUAUCUAUAUUGUGGUAUUGGGUUCUGGUGAAAGAUGUUUUAUGGUGCUUUUGAUUGUCCAAUAAACUAGUUAUAAUU